AUCAAAAUAUCGUUCUCGGGAAGGAGUUCGGAAAGAAAUUUUGUUAUCUUUUCGGCGACGUCUUUCUGUGUUUCUCCGGCACGAAAAUGGCUCGUUUCGUUGGUUUGGAUAAGCUGGGCAAGCUGUUCAACUAUAUACGCGACAAUGGAGGUAUCCGGGCCAGCUUGUACAAGCUGUACAGAAUGGAUGAGAUGAAAUCUGGCCGGUUGGUCGGAGAGGACAAGUACGGUAACAAGUACUACGAGGAUCCGUCUCAGUUUUAUGGCCGUAAUCGUUGGGUAGAGUACGCACCGCACUGGAAUAUGGAGUACGAUGGUUCUCAAAUCCCGUCGGAAUGGUUCGGAUGGAUGCAUUACAAGACUGAUCUGCCACCGAAUCGGGAUGGAAACCGUCCGCAUUAUUCGUGGAUGCUCGAUCAUAGUCAAAAUGUGUCCGGAACUAAAGAUUCCUACAUGCCGUACUCAACCACCCGCCCGAAGGUUGAAGCAUGGGAUCCGAAAAAGUCGCUACCGAAAUGAAGUGUGAUUUGUGGUUGCGUUAAAUCAAUAUAAAAGCUUGUAGAAGGUUGUACAUAAGUGGCUUCUGAAGCACUACGAUGGUGAAUACAGCUGUCCGAAAGUAA